AUGAUAGCCGCCGUUAUCCCAAUCUACGUCAUUGUGCUCUGUAAUAUGGCUCAUAUUGUUCUUGCUAUUUUCUUUUUUCCUUCGAUCGUUGAAUUUCUGGAGGAUCUCUAUUGGAAUUACACUCAUCGAUCCUGGUUCAUCGAAUAUGUUCCAGAAACAGAAGUUGAAUGGCUGAAAGAUGAGGAAAAGUCAGUAGAGAAGAAAAAUAUGAAGAAGAGACAUUAUAUAAAUCAUUCCAAUGUGUCUAUUCUGAUUGACAAAGCGGAUCUUUAUGAUCAGAGCAUAGAAGGGAAAAAGCGAAGAGAUGUUGUUAACUACAGUCUUGGUGAAAACAAAGAUUUCGACGAAUAUUUGAGAUUUAGGGAACAUCUGAAAAUGCUUCAACAAGCUUAUGAUGAUGGGAUUCUGAUAAAAAAACAGAAUUUCUCUGCCCGAGUUCAUGAACGGAUGGUCGAACAACACAUCGGAGAGAAUAAGGUGAUUGAGAAGAAGUUGGCACGAACACGUUGA